AUGAUGCCGAGCGGAGGGCGGGCCCCGACGCGUUCUCGGACCAGUGCAGGCGGGGCGCGGCGAGCGCCUGCGGGGACGCUGGAGGGCUCGGGCGUCUCGGUGCAGGCCCACGCGCCGGCGGCGCAGCCUGGCGAUUUCCAGCCGCCCGGCCUGGCCUGCGGCAGAGUCGCGCGCCCGCGCUCGUGCAAGCACAGGCCCGCUCGGCUUCCAGCCUCGAGGCGGGCGUGUGCGCAACCGCAGCCGAGGCGGGCGGACCCUGGAGAUCUGGAGAUCUGGGCGCCGCCCAGAUCUCGCGACCGCGGGUGUGCUCUUCAGCGCGGGGGCUUUCCAGGAGGGGCCCCGCAGUCGAGGGAUCGAGGACUCUCGGCGUCGCUCUUCCUCGGCGACAGGCGGUGGAAGGACGGGCGAUCGCCCGCGGAAGCAGAAAGCAGUGCGGCUCCCCCGCGGAAGCAAGGACCGCCCCACGAGUGGACAGCUCAUUUCGGGCUCAGGGUUCCGGAGUCGGCCAUGCAAUGUUUUGGUCGAGAUCCCCGGGCGCCCACGUCGCGAGACAAUGGCGCCGUCGGAGGGGCAGGCGCCCUCACGUCGUCCACGAACGGAGGGGAGAGUUUUUUGUUCGCAGGUUUCUUCAUUCUGGGGGCGCUUAAAUGGGUGUUGGACGACACCUUAGCGUGUGCCCCGAUCGUUCUGCCAAGUUUAAAUACCAUGAAUACCAACACUAUCAAGGUAUGA